UUCUAUCACAAUAUAUUGUAAAACAACAAAACAUAUAAAGAUAAGCCAAUGGCAAGACUUAGCAUAUGUGUGUUCAUUUUGCUAUGCGCGUUUGCGGCUACAGCAGCCGCUCAAACAGCUUCUAACGUAAGAACUACUUACCAUUACUACUAUCCCGAGCAAAACGGUUGGGACCUUUACAAAGUAAGUGCGUAUUGCUCGACAUGGAAAGGAAACCAACCGCUAGAAUGGCGUAGGAAGUAUGGCUGGACAGCUUUUUGCGGUCCGGUUGGACCGCGUGGUCGUGAUUCUUGCGGAAGAUGCUUAAGAGUAACGAAUACUGCGACCGGAGCACAAGCUACUGUGAGAAUCGUGGAUCAAUGCAGUAACGGUGGUUUGGACUUAGACGAUGGCGUUUUCAAACAGCUCGACACCAACGGUCAGGGAUACGCUCGUGGGAACAUGAUUGUCAACUACGCCUUUGUCAAUUGCUGAAAGGCCUUCAAGUUUCAUCCAACAUUCACCGUCUUGCAUCUUAUUAUCAUCACCAUAUAUUGUAAAAUAAAAUAAAUACCACGAGCUUAAUCUUUCAUAUAUAAUAAGAUAAAUCAUAAUUGUAUGUCUGUGUGUAACUUACUAAGAUAUAAAGUGAUACAAAGGCGGACAAGCUAUGUUAUUAGUC